CUCCAAGACUCCACUAGCUAGCUACUAGCUCCAAGAAACCCUAAAGAUUCACUCCUCCAAGCUCACUGGUACUACGUACUAAGCUAGUAGGCGGCGUGUGUUAAUUUCCGAUGGACGGCGAGGGGGCGCCGGCGAGGCGGGCGCCGGCGGCGUCCUACUACGAGUGCACCUUCUGCAAGAGGGGCUUCACCAACGCGCAGGCGCUCGGGGGCCACAUGAACAUCCACCGCAAGGACCGGAGCGCCGGCGGCAAGUCGCAGGGCGGCGGCCAGCACCACGAAGGCGGCGGCAGCGGCAGCGGUGGCGGCGGCGGCCAGCAGCACGGCAGAGAUGUCCACCUGGGCCUCACCCUGGGGAGGAACGAGGAAGAGAGGGACGGCGUCGACCUGGAGCUCAGGCUUGGCCAUGCCCACUAUCCUUGAACUGAACUAGCCAUGCAUGUGGUUCAAUUAGGGCCGGAUCGCCAUAGAUUAACUUGUGAAGCGCUUAGCUAUAUAUAAUACUACUACUGAUGAAUGGGUAAGCAGGUUCUUGCGUACUUUAAUUUGGUUGUUGUUUGAUUUUAUUUGGUAGUAUAAUAUGCAAAGACACGAAUCAUAAGAAACUAUAAUGGAUUGAUAAAAUUUAUAUAGGAUGAUCGAUCGAGAUUAAACAAAAUUAGGUUCUUUUUUUUGGUUCCUUAUGUAAAUAUGUGUGAGAAAUCUGCUCAAAGUUGAUAAAAAUGUGUACAUAUUUGAGAA